GAUCAACCGCACGCGGCAUUAUUUUUGGCGGCCACCACAACGCACAAACGAAAAACGCACUGCGAAAAAGGCAUUCAACGAAAUUAAUGUGUUAACAAAUUGAUCUUGUUAACUAACAAAAACGAUUAACAAAAAAGUUUGAAAAUGUCCACGGGCGCCGCAAGAGUGUACAUACAAGUCGAGAGCGAGGCCGAGCAAGAGCAGCAUCUGAAGCAACAGCGCAAAACCUUAAAGCCGCUGCAGGCGACUGCGAACGCCAACGACAAGGAGAAUCUAACUGGACUAACGGGACGUGCCUCCAUCGUGGAUCAGCUCAGUCGCUUAAAGGCCGGCGUCAAUCUAGCGCCCAAAUAUGGCAAACGCAAAUGCGUCGAUACAGCGGCAGCAACCAAUACAGUAACCACCCAAGAUGCUGAUACCCAAACUGAUGCAGAGAUUUCUCCUGCCGAUAAGCCCAUCACAGCCGAGGAUUUGACCAGUGAGUGUGAGCCGGGCGAGAACUAUUACAAACUGUUGUCAGAGCAGCGACGCGUCGCAUUGGAGGAGAGCCUCAACGAGAAUCGCCAUUUGCACGAACGCAUCGAGGGACUGGAGGAGGAAAUGGACACAAUGCGCAAAGAACUAGACGAGGCGAAGGAUCUGGUUGAGGUGCUCAAAGAGAUAUGCGACGAGGACAACGAUGAGCCCGAAGAACCGUUGGCAGCAGAUUAGCGGAAUUGCUGUUGUAGUUAUACACAGAAGCUAAUUAACCAAUAAUAAUAAUAAUUUUAAAAUUAUAUAUUUUAUUUUUACAUUAUGCAAGUAGUUGUUAAACGAUUUCAAUUUUCUUAAAUUAAUCACCCAAUGGACUGGUCUCAAUAUACGCCAGCAAUAAAUACAUAUAUUUAUAUUUACUAAUAGGUAAAGCGCCAGUUAUGUUCCAAUAAAAGUUUUGUUUCUCAAUUUCAUGUAA